AUGGACUUGUCUCGAUAACCAGAAGAAUAGAAACCUAUACAAGGACCUAAUUAAUAAAGCAAAAGCCCUUCAGUUAUGACGAAGAGACAGGAUAAUUGUAUUCUUUCUAUUCAAGUGCUGUAAAUCAAAUCUCAGCAAUUUCUUUCGAAUAUUUUCCAGGAACAUAUAUUCCUCAAUAUUAAUUUGGUUUAACGUAUAAACACAUUUCAUAAAUGCAUUUUAAAAACCAUUGAUAUUGCCGAAUUAGUAAGAAUAGAAAUUAGAAAGAGUCAAUAUAUGAAAUGGAUUUAAAUGAAUUGCUUCAAUUAUAAAAUCAAAUGUUGCUAGUAGCUUAAUUGGCUGAUUGUAGAAAUAGAAUAGGGAUCAAUGCUUAGUGAUGGGCAAUCUUUUUAUGUUAUUGUAAAUCUCAAUCUGGAAGAAAGGGAAUAUGGCUAAGAGUUUAUUUCAUCUCUUUGGAAGUUAUGUAAUCAAGCAAACAUAGACAGAGUGUUUGAUAAAGUAUACUAGUUUUAUAUCUCUGAUUUUGGAACAACAUAAAAAAGAAAGAGAAAAUAUCGCAAAGGGUUAAAUUAAGCAAAGUAAAUUUGAUAGAGGUUUGAG